UCAUGACGUCGCAAGUAAUUCCUACUCCCCCAUCAGUAUCAUGGGCCCAAAGAAGUGCUCGCGUAUUUUUAACUUUUAACGUAGAAUGUAAAAAACCCGACAUUAAAAUUGAGAAACAAACAAUAUCCUUUAGAGGAAUAUGUGAACCAGAAAAAAAAUUACAUGAAGUAGUCAUACCAUUGUAUGCUGAAGUGGAUCCAGAAAAAAGCAAAUAUAUUAAUAAGGGAAGGCUAGUUGAAGUCGUUUUAAGUAAAGAAAAUUCCGACCAACCCUUGUGGCCUUCUUUAACAAAUGACAAGAUGAAACACCACUGGCUCAAAGUAGACUUCAACCGCUGGCAAGAUGAUGAUGAUGAAGAGGAUGAUAUUGAAAAGUUUGAUGACAUUUUCUCAGGUGAUUAUGACAGAAUGCCAGUUGAAAAAGAUGAGUCCAGCUCUGCCGAGGAGGAAGAUCUUCCUGAUAUUGAAUAAAAAGAGCAACACACACACACACCGGCAAAUAACCAAAAAUCUUAUCUGCUAGUUUAAAUAAAUUGUAUCUGUGGACAAUAUAUUUUGUGCUUUUAUACAAAGAAUGUGGGACUGAUAGCUUCUAAUGAAAAUAAGUUUAGGUUUGUUACAUUAUAAAAAUUAGUGUAUUUAAAUCAGAAGUGUGCAUUGGGAAUGUUUAUAAUUUUUUUCCCCUUCCCGGUACCAGGCAAAUCACAAUAUAUUUUAUUUUUGCCAUGUAGGUGUUAAGCAUGAACCUUAAAAAUGAAUCUUGUUUUAAGAUCUGAU